AUGGCAGCAAACCAGAUCCUUUCCGGUGCCCGUCUUUUAUCUUUUGGCAAGUUUUAUCUCAACAUAUCUAACCUUGUUGCACUACUCGGUGAGAGAUCUCCACUUUAUUCAAGAGAUGUCCUCAACUGCGACAAGCAAGACAAUGGCCGUGCAUACCAAACAAUGAACUGGGAAACUUUGGAGGCCUCACUUCAAUCACCUCAGCACACUGGACUAGCGAUCGACUUUACAACCAUUGAUCGUGAUGGUAUUUCCAGUCAAAGCUAUGAAAUAUUCCACUUCUUGGGAAACUCACUGAUUGGCUUGAUCAUAGCUCAACGCGAGUUUCACCCAACCGUUCCCUUCCUCCCUUGGAAGCAUGGUACAGAGGCAUGCGAGCACAUCUUUGGCUGGAUGCGGGUGAUCAUGCCUAACUUCAUGGUACUCAAUGCUCAACAAAUGUUACCCAAGGUGUUUGCCAUUGUACGGAACGUAAUGAGUGGUAAAAUGAAGGUUCCCCAAUCAGAACACCUUCAAUCGGGAUAUAACAUGUACAAUUUCACCAACAAAUUGGUUGCUGAAAGCUAUGAAAAACUGGCUCAAUUUACAACCAACAUGGAAAUAGCACACAAAUUAUUGGUUGCUGAAUCACAGGCUUGGAAGAUAGCUGCGUUUGCCGGGAUAGAUCCAGAUUUUUGUGUAUCAAUCAGUGGAUCUACCAAUUAG